GUCAGCGUGACAAACAUUCCUUCUCCGAAAAGUUUUGCUUCAGAGGUUUGUUAUUCAUUUUGGGUUUACAAAACAGGAUGUAACAGUAACACCUGCCUGGUGUCCCACGGGGUAACAGCACCUGAAAAGAUUUAUCACGGAAAAGAACGCAGCCUCCUACUCGUACAUAACUGAUAGCAGCCCUGAUUUUCUUUCUCUUUCUUCUGCUUAUGUCACAAAAGCAUCCUUGGACGGUGGGUUUUUUUUGUUUUUUUCCUCCCAUUUUUGUUCUAAGCCACGUGAUGUACCAUCAAGUACAUCUUGCUAUUUCUUCCUCCCUCCCUGUCCCUGCACCCCAAACUCAGCAGAGCAGGCCCAUCGAGCGCUGUAGGCCGACUGCAAGUGGUUGUUAGGUCAGGUUGGAUGGGGCUCUGGGCAAUCUGAUCUAGUUAAUUUUGCCAGCAACACAGGCUGGCUAUGGCAGGGGGUUGGAACUUGAUCCUUGAGGUCCCUUCCAACCCAAGCCAUUCUAUGACGGGACAAGAGGUAACGGCCUGAAGCUGCACCACGGCAGUUUCCCUUUGGAUAACAGGACACCUUAUUCUCUGAAACAGCAGCGAUGCAUAGGGACAGGCUGCCAGAGAGCUGUCCCAGAACCGUGGGGAUGCGGCACUAAGGGACAUGUUCAGCGGUGGGGGUGGGUUGGGGUUGGACUUGGGGAUCCUCGAUGUUUUUCCAUCCUCGGUGGUGCUGCGUCUCGAUAUAACGCAGCCCGAGCUGCGGGCGCUUCCCACGCCGGGCGGUCCAGCCCCUCCGCCCCACGGAGAUGGCCGGGCCCGGGGCGAGCGGCCCGCCGCGGAAGGAGGAAGGAGGGGGCCCGGCUGGCGGCAGGGGGAGGCUGGCUCUCCUGCGUGCCGAGGGGAGGGAGGGGCCGGGACGCCGGCGCGUCGGUGCCGACGGUCUCCAGGCGGGAGUGAGGAGGAGGAGGAGGAGGGAAGCUCCUGCUCUGCUACAUGGAGGGAGAGGCAAGCGUUCCCCCUUCCCCUGCUCCAGCUGAAGGGACUGCACUUACGAGGCAAGCUGCACACAGAAAGAUUUCAGACAGAGCUGAAGCAGUGGGAAAAUGAGUGUUCUUCUCAUUGAGGCUUUUUAUGGCGGUUCCCACAAACAGCUGAUGGAUCUUCUUCAAGAAGAGCUGAAAGAAGAAUGCGUCCUCUGUACGCUCCCUGCCAAGAAGUGGCAUUGGAAAGCACGGACUGCUGCUCUUUAUUUCAUGCAAACGGUGCCAGCAAGUGCUAAUUACAGGAUCCUCUUUGCAAGCUCCGUGCUUAACCUGGCUGAACUCGCUGCCCUGCGCCCUGACCUGGGCAAAUUGAAAAAGGUCCUCUACUUCCAUGAGAACCAAUUGGCGUAUCCUGUCCAGAAGUGCAAGGAAAGAGAUUUCCAGUAUGGAUACAACCAGAUUCUUUCAUGUUUGGUUGCUGAUAUUGUGGUGUUCAACUCUGCUUUUAAUAUGGAAUCAUUUCUUACAUCCAUUGGAAAAUUUAUGAAGCUGAUUCCUGACCACAGACCUAAGGAUUUGGAAAAAAUAAUCAGACCGAAGUGCCAAGUUCUUUAUUUUCCAGUCAGGUUUCCUGAUGUGAGCAGGUUCAUGCCAGAACAUAAGCUUGUCCAUUUGGAAAACAUAAUUGGUGUUAAAAGAAAUGGAGAUUCUUAUCAAUGUGAAGGCCUGCCUGGGCAGCAGAAGAGCAGAGCUUUGGGAGGUUUAAUGAAAAACAGCAACGCGUGUCGUGAGUCUGGACUUUGUGAAGCACAGCCUGGACUUUGUACCACACAGCAUGAGGAACUGCAUUCCCCAUUAACAGCAGCAGAGAGAUUGAACAAGUCUGAAGCAUCAGAAAGUACAAAUCCUUGUCAAGAAGAAGAUAAGCAACAUGUGACUUUUAACCUCUGUAAUAUCUGGAGUGGAAUGGACUAUCAGCAGAGACCUUUACAUGUUGCCUGGCCUCACAGGUGGGAACACGACAAAGAUCCUGAAACUUUCUUUAAAGUGCUGCUGAAACUGAAGGAGCAGGAUCUACCUUUUCACGUGUCCGUCCUUGGGGAGACUUUCACUGAUGUUCCAGAUAUAUUUGCAGAGGCCAAAAAAGCAUUGGGAUCUUCUGUCUUGCACUGGGGGUACUUACCCAGCAAAGAUGACUAUUUCCAAGCACUGUGCAUGGCCGAUGUUGUCAUCUCAACAGCUAAACACGAAUUCUUUGGAGUGGCAAUAACAUCACCUUGGUGGGUGGUCAUCAUCUCUCCUUGCUCCAAAGCUGUACCUUCUUGACACCACACUUGAUGCUGGAUGCCUGCCCAAACACCAAACUUCUGUUAUUGUCGAGUGUGAAGGAAAUCAGAACUGCAACAAUCAGCAAAAGACAAAGGCAGACCAGCAGUGUGACUCCAGCAGCCCAGAACGUUAUGGUUACAUUCCAUGCUAGUUAAGUCACUAUGGUAAAAUGCUUGGCAGGAUUUUUUUUUCGAUAGUUUAUUCAUUAUGUUCAUUAUUAUGAGCUGUAAAGACUAUGAGAAUUUCAUUUUUUAAAUGUCUUAUGGAAUGUAUCACUUUCUUAGAUCUUGUAGACAUGCUGUGGAAACCAUAACAUAAAAUAUGAGUUACUUACAAUAACUAAUUUUAAUCCCAUCUGCUAAGUAUGACAACAUUAGCAUUUCCACUUAAUUAAAAACACCCUUAAAGCAGCAAUGUUUUAAUCACUCCAUUUUAUUUACUCUCCUCCGGUGUCACUUAUAAUUGUAACUUUUUAUUUUUUAAUAAUGAGGGAUUUUUUUUUUCUCUGUGCAUCACACAAAAAAGUGCUGUCGAUAAUUAGCAGUCUUCUGUUAUUACUAGACUCAGGUGUCACAACUGUGUCUCAUCCUCAUUACAGUAAAAAAUUUCACCUAUCAGAUUCAUUAUUGCUAGAUAAUGCGGCUGAGAGCCUUAGCAGGCCCUCCAGAAAAGUAAUUCAGCCAAGCAAAAUUAUCAGCUAAUUAUAUUUAGAAUCAAAAGCCCAACAACUAUUUGCAGAUAAAUUGUAUGAAUUGAAGUGAAUAGAUCUGAAUAUUAAGAUUCAUAGAUUUAGCAGAUGAUUUGUUAAUUGGAAUAAAAAGGUCAUUUACUAGCCAUUUUAACAAUAGAUCAAUUGGAACUCUGUUUAUGAUUUAACUAGGAGCGCUUAAGGAUUGAAAUGAAGGAGCGUUGUGUGAUUGUUGUGAUGUGCUACUUCUCAGGAACAAGGCAGGGAGGUGUGGAGGCGAGGAAGCUUCCCUGCUCAGCCUCAGCCUGCCUCUGCUCCCAUGGCAUCCUUAGGUCUGGGCAAUAAGGGGAUGCUCACAGAAGGAAUCCCUGCACCGCAGGACGAGCUGUCAGGGAACGCAUGCAGACUUGGGUGUGGAAAGGUAGGCAGCCUGCAGAUAGGAUUAGCUGGAAAGGAAAGAAUUGCAGAGUUUAACUUGUAGUCGGUGUGCUCCAGAAGCACUGAGUUCAGAUUUCACUAAUUUGAGAUCCUGAUGGAGGUUUCUUGUACGGGGAAGCUGUGUGCACAAGCGAUGACUCAGACUGCAUCUUGGCCUGCAGUUUUGUUGGAGGGAGCUGCUCUUUUUUUUUCGUGCAGGCGAUACGAUUAAAAAGCAAAUAUUUUAACAUAACUUAGUGAUCUGAGCUAUUACUGAAAUGUCCACAGUUUCGCUCUUUUUUUUUUUCCCCCUAGAUUAAAGAAAACUUUAAAAAUCUAUUUGCUUUGACAUAUGACACAAUAUUUAAGAACUGAAAUCAUCAAUUAAAUCACACAUCAGAAACAUUUCCCUUUGGUAAAAAAAAAAAUAUAGUGCUAGACGAUGUACACUUUGAAAUUGUUGUUAAUGUUUAAAAUGCAAUCUGAAGUGCAUAUGUUAUUUAAAAAAAAAAGCCACAUAAAUUACAAAAUUUAAAAGUUUAUGUAAAAACUAGCAAUCAUUGCUUAGCAAAAGCAUUUGCAGGGGGAUAUAUCUUUGGGUUCUGUGGAUAUGCGUAGUUUUCUAGCAUGAGGGCUGGUUGUGAUAUUCCUUAUUUAAUUUUUUGGCUCCUUAAAACAAAGUCGAGCUAAAGGAAGCAAAGUUUGGUGUGCACUGGCCUGAGUGCCUGUAAUAAAGCCAACGUGCACAUGAAUGCAGCAAAAGCCUUUUGGGUUGUUCCUGAGAAUGAAAGGUGAACGCUGACAAAAUUUCAGAUCUUGGGAAACCGAGGGAAAGUGAAGCUAAAAAUAAAAGACCUCGUAUGGUCAACAUGUUGGAGGAAAUUCAAAGCCUCUCAUCAAAUAAACAUAUUUAAAGAAGUGUUUUGAAUUUCGGUGUGUAAUUUCUGGCCAACAGAAAUUACAGUUGUAUCUUCAGGGGGACGUUAUGUCACAUCAGUGGUCAUUCUGCAAAAAAAAAAAAUAAACUGCAAACUUGAUGCCUUAACCCGCUCUGCUAUUAAAAUGCAGGCAGGGAUGGGAUAGCUUCUCUUAGAGUCGCUGCUAGGAAACUUUGUGCCAUUGUGUCACAAUUCCAAAAUAUUUGGGCUCGAUGUUGUGGCAGAUAUAUAAAUCAGCCCUAGAAAAAAACGAACCCUGAAAGCAUCACAAGAUCUUGGUAUUUAUUACAAAAAGUUUGCGUCCUGAUAAAGAAAGGGAGUGAUCUGAAGCUCAUGCUAGCACUAGAAUAUCCCAACCCAAAGAGUGCUGUUCCUGGGGCCAUUCCAUUGUAGCCUUUGGAGUCCGAGUGUGCAACAGGAGCAUCUCUGUGGCUACACACCCAUAGACACGUGCACGUAUGCCCUCGUUUCUCUGCAGCAUUAUUAAGAGAAGCCGUCCAUACUUCACCAUGUUGUUACAUGUGUCUGUCUGCUGAUUAUAAAAUGUGUUAAGCAGUAUUUAAAAAACAAAAAAAUGCAGAGCUGCGCUUUGAUUUAUUCAGCGAACAAAACAUAUGCUCACUGUUCUGUUCUAUGUAAUUCAUAUGAUCAAUAAAAUUUUCUUUCAAAAGAGCAACUUUGGCAUUUAGAAGGAUUGUGCUGCUGAGCAGGAGAAUGUUUUACUCGUGCUACGUGCAGUCAACCUCCGUGGUCCUGCACCAAAGGAAGUUUUUGGCUCCCUGACGUCGUGCUCAUCUUUUGAUUACUUUUAAC